AUGGACUAUUCCCAGGUUUUUAAAAACCUGCAGUCAAUUUUGCAAGCGGCCUCGUCUAAAUGUAAAGUAAUAGACGAAAAGUUCCCGAGCAAGUUUUUUGAAAAGGAGCCCAGCAAGAUUUUCGAGUCUUAUAAGAAGUUCCUGAAGCCAAAACUCGACAGCGAUGGGAUUAUCAAAAACGAGGACAACUUUUUGAUUACCACGAUCGCUGAGCGCUUCGAAAAGGGUGAAUAUCUGAAGAAACAGGAUGGAUUCUACAGGCUACACCAUGACGUCAAGCUAGUUUGCACUCUGCUCAUACAUUUUUAUCCACAGGGUACGCGCACAUACCAAAUGGUUGAUAAGUUUUACAAAUUUGCGACGGAACUACUACUUCGCGAAUGCUACAGGUGCGGCAUUUCCUUGACGGACGAGUCCGAUGAUCAGUAUGGAUUUGAAAAAACUGCAUUCCAAAAGCAGAUCUCCAACGACUUUAUCAAAAUCUCCACCGCCUAUUCCGUUCCUUAUGCUGAGUCGUACUACCUCUCUUCAGGAGAUUUGGAUCUUUUUUCGUCUACAACGUCAAAAUCCCAGUUGGAUCAUAGAUCUACAGAAGCGCCAAACAGUAGUUUUGUUUUGAACAAAGUGAUACCGCAGACGGGAGAUGACGUUGCUCCAAAACUUGGAUUUCUAGCUGCGAACGUAAGCAACAUACCUGAUCCUACUCUUCCACCUUACGAAAUGUUGACCAAAUUUUUACACCCUAACUGGUAUGCUUUGCCCACAACCGUGUGGCUCGAGUAUGGUGACUUUAAAUCCUGGGCACCUUGCUUUAACGAAAGUGGCACAGUGAUAGAUGCUGGGCGGAGGGGAACAAUAUGGUUAGAGAAGAUUGGAUAUACCAGACUGAGGAAUCUGCGAGAUUCACAAAUCAACGGAAAGGACGGAGAACACACAGAAAGCCAGAACAGACCCAGCUCAGAAACUCAAACGCCGACAGAGCCCAUAAUAGAGGUGACCUCAAAUCCUGCUCCUGAAGUGAUUGGAGACGAAAAGGCUGAAAGUAUCUCAUCAGAACCGUCUCAAAACGGACAUAAAUUAGAAAAUGGUGAAAAAAAUGCGCCUUACUUGGAUCCUGCGACCAAUCCUGCAGAGUCAGAAGGAGCAGCGGCUGAGGCAGUGAUAACCGAAAUAAAGCUGGAAAACCUUUACGACUGGGCACCUGGUAACACAAUCGAAGAUGAUGAGAUAAAGGCUGCAUCGGAUGGUGCUCAUCAAAAACUAAUUACUCAAACGCUUCUGGAAAUGAUCACCUUGAAAAAAGACCGGAUAAGAUCAAAAAGAGUAAGCAAGCCAUCAACGAGAGAGGUUCAGCUUUAUCAUAAGGUGCAGCGUCUAAUGAGAGAGGUCAUGCUCGCGAAACAAAUGAAUAAAAUACCUCAAAUAACAGCACGGUCUUUCCCAGUGUUACAAGCCAACUAUACGGGCAGCAUACCAGUGGUUAGAACUGUUCAGGCGAGAAAGAAGAAGUACAAAAAAUAA